AUGUCUCUCGUCAACCUCGCACACGUCUGCUCGCACAUGCAGAAUGCGUCCAAAGCCCGGCUCGGACUGACGUCAAUACCCGUCUCCAAGAUGCACGUCAACAUUGCACUCGGCCUCCAGCGCGAAGGCUUCCUCUCCUCUGUGACCCUCGGCGGGCCCACACCACCCAAGCCCUUCCUGCUCCAAACGCAGCAAGACCCCGAGCAACACGAGCAAAUGGCACAGAAGCUCGCAGAAGAGCCCUGGCUCGCCUACCCCGUCGACGCCCCCGCCGGCACAAAACAAAAGUCACCCCUCGGCGCAGAACAAGUCCACGACAUACACGUACCCCAGAACCCCGCGCGGAGACGGUUAUGGCUCGGCCUGAAGUACUGGCAGAACGAGCCUGUCCUGAAGAAUAUGAAGCUGAUAUCCAAGCCCACACGGAGGAUAUGGCUGACGAGCGAGGAUCUGGCUAAGAUUACGCGGACAAGAGAGUCGAGCUAUGUGAAGGGUUUGACGAGGCCGGGAGAGUGUAUGUUCAUCACGACGGAUCGGGGGAUACUGGAGGCGAGGGAAUGUGUGGAGCGGCAGUUGGGUGGCAUGGCGCUGUGCAGGGUGUGGUAG